AUGGAGAGCGAAAAAGACAUCACGCUUCCUGCGGAUAGACUGAGCAGCCAUGCGAGCCAUCAGGAUGCUCCCGAGAAGAACAUUCCAUCCGAGAAGAACACUCCAUCCGAGAAAGAAGCGGACAUCAGUACUCUUCCUCGUGUUGCAGAUCGGCUCUCAGUGCCGCUUCUACUACUCAUCUUCAUAGGUGGAUUCGAAAGAUUCGCAUACUACUCCGUAUCCGUUCCCUGGCAGAAUUAUAUCCAGCACCCGCGUGAUUCAGUCUCCGUUCCAGGUGCGCUUGGACUUGGACAAGCAACUGCUACGAGUAUCAGUAAUGCUUACUUGGUAUUCACUUCGUUGACGCCUUUACCGUGGGCAAUCAUCUCCGAUUGUAAAUGGGGGAGAUACAAAACCCUCCUGAUCAGCACAAUCUGUUCAUUCGCAGGAUGCAUCAUUCAAUUCACCACCUCACUACCAGCUGCACUCGAUCAAGGAGCAGGUGUACCAGGACUUGGUGUCUCCAUGAUCCUCAUUGGAAUUGGACAAGGCGGUAUCAAAACUUCCAUCUGGCCUUUACUCGGUGAUCAAUAUACCCAAACCGGACCAUCCGUCGUGGAAAAGAAAGGCAAGAAGGUAGUCUUGGACUAUGGCCUUACACUCCAACUCAUAUACAACAUCUCCUAUUGGGCCACCAACGUCGCCUCUCUAUCAUCUAUCCCCGCGACAUUUCUCGAGAGAAUCCAUGGUUUCUGGGCGUCGAAUCUUUUGGCSAUGAUAGCCAUGGGCACAUCCGUUUUAUUUCUCCUUCUUUGUUCCCCCAAACUUGUAAAACCCCUACCCGUCGGCGAUAACAUCCUCCUGCCAUCCCUCAAAGCCAUGAUUUGCGCCGCCAAGAAUGGUUUCAAAAUGGACAACACCAAAGCCGACUACCAAGUAUCAAAAUACGGUCACGCCGCUGCAUGGAGUGACGAAUUCGUUGAUGAAGUCAAGAUGACUCUCUCAACCUGUCGAAUAUUACUAUCCCUCACAAUCUUCUACCUCUGCGUAAAUCAAAUGACCAACAACUUCAUCUCCCAAGCCGGUCAAAUGGAACUCUCCGGUGUACCAAACGACAUGAUCCAAGCAAUCGGCGGCAUAGCAUGCGUGGUCUUAGCACCCCUAAUCCAAACCCUCUACGCACUCCUAGCGCGCCAAGGAAUAAUCCCCACCUCCACACUCCUCAUAACUCUAGCUUUCAUCCUCUGCGGCGUAACACUAGGUUAUAGUUCUGGAAUUCAACAUCUCAUCUACAUGGCUCCUCCAUGCUAUACCGCCCCAUUGAAAUGUCUAGGGGGUGGUGGAGUAGGAGUAGGAGUCCCUAAUGAGAUUAGUGUCUGGUUACAGAUUCCUAUGUAUUUCAUCGCGGCCCUAUCAGAAAUCCUAUCCUUCGUAACAAUUUCCGAAAUAGCAUUCACCCGCUCCCCAAAAGAAGGCAAAGCUAUCGUACAAGCUCUCUCUCAAUUGGCCGCUUCAUUGGGAAGUUUAAUGGGUUUGGCGAUUAGUCCUUUGGCGAAAGAUCCGAAACUUGUGGGGUAUUAUGCUUCGUUGGCGGGGGUUAUGGGUAUUUCUGCUUUGGGGUUUUGGUUGGGGUUUAGGGGUGGGGAGGUUAGGGGGGAAGUGGGGGAUGAAGGGGUUGGGGUUGUGGGGAGGGAAGGUGAUCGCGAGGGAGGGGGUGGCGAGGAACGUUUAGCGAGUAGGUAG